UCCCUACGUGACUACAUGCCUUCCCACGCCUACACGUCCUCCAACACCAGAAGCAAUAACAGCACUGGUCCUUUAAGACACCAACAGGAACAAACGCCUCCCUUACAGGAGGUCUCGCGAGGUCGGGUGUGGGGUGAGGCCGUGACCACCAUCCGAAGACCAGACGGUAUAUUCGGUUAUCCGCUCAGUAUGGAUACCCGCGUCCCCAAGGUGUCAGGUGUGUGGUGUAAGUGGCACGAGGACCCACACAUGCAGGAACAACGGGAGUUCUGUGACACAUACGAAGGAUACGUAACACUGUGUACCUGUGUCCACCCUGUCACCGCCUCCGUCAGACAGUCAGCACCGGAGAUCACGAUGAACGAGAUCAUUCCAGUUGCUAUGCUCACAGCCAUCAAGCCCUUCAACUUCUACAGGCAGUUACUGAACCUUCUAGAGACGCCAGGAGCCGCCCAAACCCCUAUCCUGGUGAUGGUGGAUGGUGCCAACACUGAGAUCCUUCGUCUGGUGCGUCUCUUUGGGCUAGACGUGUUAGUACAUCGACCACAGGGGGCACCUGGCACCACCACCCUUCUCAACAUGCACUUCAGGUUCUCUGUACACAACGUCUUCAACUUCUUCCCCGAGGUUGACAAGGCCAUCAUACUGGAGGACGACCUUCUACUUUCACCAGACUUCCUCUCGUUCUUCCAGCAGACGGCGUGGCUACUGGACGCCGACCCGACCAUCUUCUGUGUAAAUGCCUUCUCCGUUAACAGCUACCGGGAGGUGGCGUGGGACCCGACAUUGUUGCGACGUAUCAACAUGUUUCCUCAGUUCGGGUGGAUGAUCAGCCGUCGGUGGGCCAGAGAGCAGUACCGAGCAUGGAUUAGUGAGAAGCAAACUGGUGACUGGGACUGGUGGUUGUCCUCCGAGAAUUCCCUACAGGGCCGCCAUGCCCUUGUGCCAGAGGUAGGACGGACUUAUCACGCCGGAGCAGCAGGAGCACACGUGACAGGCUGGGCUCAGGAACAACUCUUCAGUAACAUGAUCUUUAACCAGGACCCUGACGUCAAGCUGAGGGGCCUGGAGGACCUCGUCUUGGAUCGCUACGACGCGAAGAUGAAGAGAGAGAUACUGGCUGCUCAGGAUGUGGGUCUGAACACACACCCCUGCGCCGGCCCAUUCCUGCCACGGAACAAGACUGGAAUCUUCAGAAUGUUCAUAGCGUCUGAAACGAAGAGUGACGAGUACAACUCCUUCUACGUGAUGCAGCUGUGUUUACGCGGCUUUGUUCAGGACAGCCGAGAGAAGUACAACGGGGCUGUUCGCUUCAACUUGCAGGGUCGUGUUCUGUAUAUUAUUGGGUGUCCUGCCUCCCCUUACUGCUUGCUGUUCCCCAAAGGCGUCAGCAUAUUAAAGCCUUCCCCUGAGUUAAUAUUAAUAGCUGAACGCAGUUCUCAGAAAUGGCAGACUCGGAACUACCCGCCCUACUACCUCCAGCGCUCCUACGUCCGUGACCCUCACCAAGAAUUCCUUAUGGAGAACCUCUUAUAUCGCUACUGGAACGGAACAUUUGUAGAUAGUACAGGGGCCACCUUCUGAAAAUUUCGAAAAGUGUGACCGGCUGGAUAUAAAAUUUUCAUGAUCAUUUUAUGUUAGUAGAGUAAAGUCCUUCUCCAACUUCAAAACCAGUGUUGGACAUCUGACAGUUCCUGCACAACAUAUACAAAGGGUACCGGAAUCGAGACUAAUGUGCCCCAUCCAGUAACACUUAAAUGAUAUAUAAUAUGCUAAAAUUAUAAUAAAUGAAGUAAUAAAUUGAUAACUUUACUUACUAUAAAGUAAGUAUAAUGGUUUUCAAUAUUUACAAAAAGUAAAUUCAGUCGUUUUUAGUAAAUGUUCAUUUGUUUUAAAUUAGACUCUGGUUGACUUUCUAUUUACAAAUAUGUCUGUUUAUUUUUCUUGGCUGACUCUCGUUGUUACUUUUACAAAAAAUAUACAAACACAGGGUAGUAAUAAAAUAAUUACCAUAAUUAGAUUUUAAGAAAUGGCGAUCAAGAUACAUACCUAUAAAGUGAAAACAAGGUUGACAUUUCAUUAGGAUAUCUGUAAAAGAAAAUCCCACGCUAGGCAAUACCAUGGUCUCUCAUACGAAACAUAAUAUGAGUCAAAGUGUAUACAAUGUGUGAACAAUAUAUUGCUACCGGUACAUCGGCACAAGUACUGGUGACAAAAUCGGCACAAUAAUUAAUAACCCUUGUUUAUGUUACCCUGUUGAAAAGUUCCUUAAUAAUCAUCUUCCUCAAGACAUGAAGAAUAGUCAUCAGCUCUUUCACAUUUACUUUGUUCUUCAUGGCAAUUACAGCCGAUUGUACAGUUGCCUCAUAGAGUUCUUUUACCCCACUGUUAUCUUCUUAACCAACCUAACACCCGCCAUGUACUUUACACUCAUGUGGUCUCCUCAUACACUGUACACUCAUGUGGUCUCCUCAUACACUGUACACUCAUGUGGUCUCCUCAUACACUGUACACUCAUGUGUUCUCCUCAUACACUGUACACUCAUGUGGUCUCCUCAUACACUGUACACUCAUGUGGUCGCCUCAUACACGGUACACUCAUGUGGUCUCCUCAUACACUGUACACUCAUGUGGUCUCCUCAUACACUGUACACUCAUGUGGUCUCCUUAUACACUGUACACUCAUGU